AGAUCGUAAUUGAGAAAUCUUGCAGUAGGCAGGUAUAUUUAUCAUCACUCAUCUCUUUAAUUAUCAUCACUCUGCUGUCUAGUGCUUGAUUGGCACAAUUAACCACUGCUUGACCCUCGCUGCAGAGGCUGCCUGACAAGUUUGCGAAGAUGCUCGCCGGCCGUGAGCCCCACAGAGUGAAGCUGCGGGAGGCCGGCAGCGGGCUUCGCAGGCUGUGGGACGUGUUGGUGGUGUUCGAUGGUGAAGGACACAUGUACCUAGGGCCCGGCUGGGAGCAGUUUGCCCGCGCCCAUGAGCUACAGCUUGGGCACUUCCUUGUCUUCCGCUACGACGGCGACGCCAUGUUCACCGUGAAGAUGUUCGACAACACCAUGUGCCGCAUGUACUACCAGCACGACGACGAUGCCAGCAAUGGGAGCAGCAGCGGGGAUGACGAGGAGCAGAGCAGGGAUGAUGAGGAGCAGAGCGGGGAUGACGAGGAGCAGAGCGGGGAUGAUGAGGAGCAGCCUGUUCUGGCUGACGACGACCCAGCUAUGGUGGUGGCGGAUGACGACCUUGCUAUGGUGGUGGCUGACAACGACCCUGCUAUGGUGGUGGCGGACGACGACCCUGCUAUGUUGGUGGCUGACGACGACCUCGCGAUUGUGGUGCCUAAUGAUGACCUCGCAAUGGUGGUGCCUGACAAUGACCUCGUGGUUGUGGUGGCGCCUGCAAUCCCACAGCUUGGUGACAGGACCAUGCCAAUAGUGGUAGAGGAGUACAUCCGCAUUGGGAUUCGCCACUUUGAGCGCAUCAGGUUGAUGAAGGAGACGAAGGAGUGAAGAUGUUAAGAAAUGAAGUGGCAAUAUUAACCAUGUUAGGUUUAAGCUUGUUAGUGUAAUCUGAACAUGUCAAUGUUAAGUAUGUCAGGUUUAAUUUUGUGCAUGCUCAUGGAUGCUGUAUGACAGUGUCAUCUAAACAUGUCAAUUUCUUAAUUAUGAA